GAUAAUUUAAUUUGUCAAAAAGCGUCGACCACGGAACGAGUUGAGAUUUUAAUAUUUUGGAAGCUUUACAUAUCUGUAGAACUUGUUUGAUAACAUCUUAAGAUUGUUUUUUUUUAUAUUGUCAGCAGCAUUUUCUGAUACGGCACAUAUAAAUACGUUAAUGUUAGCCACAGAGCAAAUACUUUUACACAAAUAAUUUAAUAUGUAUUAUACUUUAAAAGAAUUAUUUUAAUAAACAUUAAGCUAAAAUUUUUUGUGACAAUCUGCAGUUCAAGACUUUGACGCUAAUUUGGCGCGCUGCUAAUAAGAUAUUACUACCAUUGAUUUGAGUUCAAUGGAGGUGUAACAGAAUGUCAACAGAAAACUGAAAUUAUAAAGAUAUUAGGAAAACAUAUUUGAAUUGUUUCGUCACUUGGGUGUUACGUGCAUACAUUAGAUUUUAUCUGUCUUGUAACUAAAGAAAAUUAUAAUGGGUGAUUCUGACUUAACUUAUGGAUCAUCCCUGAAUGUAGAUUCUAUAAAGGUGAUAUCUGAAAGUGUCGGCAUAGCAAGUCUUGGGGAUGAUGCUGCUAAGGAACUAGCAGAUGAUGUUUCCUUUAGAUUAAAAGUAAUUGUUCAAGAUGCUAUGAAAUUCAUGCAUCAUUCAAAAAGACAAAAACUUUCUAUUACAGAUAUAGACAAUGCUUUAAAAAUAAAAAACACUGAAGCCCAGUAUGGUUUUGUGCAGCCUGACUCAUUGCCAUUCAGGUUUGCAUCUGGUGGUGGUAGAGAGCUACAUUUUAUAGAGGAGAAAGAAAUUGAUUUAUCAGAAAUACUGUCAGCUCCACCCCCAAAAAUUCCUCUUGAUGUGUCCUUGAGAGCACACUGGCUUAGUGUUGAUGGGGUUCAGCCAACUGUUCCCGAGAAUCCGCCACCAUUAUCCAAAGAGGCACAAAAAUUGGAGUCAGUUGAUCCUGUUUCUAAAUUAAGCAAGCCUGCCAAUAAAGAUUCAGCAGGAAAACCAGUUAGUGGUAAAGCAGCUAGACUUAAAGCCUCAGAGUCUGUCCAUGUUAAACAACUUGCAACACACGAGCUUAGUGUGGAACAACAGCUAUAUUAUAAGGAAAUCACAGAAGCAGGUGUGGGCAGUGAUGAGGGACGGAGAGCUGAAGCCCUGCAAUCACUGGCAUGUGAUCCUGGCCUACAUGAGAUGUUGCCAAGGAUGUGUACAUUUAUAUCAGAGGGUGUAAAAGUCAAUGUUGUCCAGAAUAACUUGGCUCUCCUUAUUUAUUUGAUGAGAAUGGUGAAAGCAAUGUUGGACAAUCAAUCACUUUAUUUAGAAAAAUAUCUUCAUGAAUUGAUUCCAUCAGUCUCAACGUGUAUAGUGUCCCGACAGCUUUGUACGCGGCCAGAAGUUGACAACCACUGGGCGCUCCGAGACUUCGCCGCUCGACUAAUGGCCCAGCUGUGCAAAACAUUUAAUACUUCUACUAAUAAUCUACAAACAAGAGUUACAAGGUUGUUUGCAAAAGCCCUGCAAUGUCCAUCACAAACAAACAACGAAAGUGGACCGUCAAUGGUUGCUUCUAUGAAGGAAUCUGAGAAGACUCCUUUAGCCUCGCUCUAUGGAGCAGUCCAAGGUUUAGCUGAGUUGGGUCCUGAGGUGGUGAAGGUAUUUAUCCUGCCUCGUGUACGAUGGUUAGGCGAGCGUGUGGAGGGUGCGCUAGGUGGGGCUGCGGGCGCAGACCGUGUAGCUGCGAGCAACCUUAAACACCAGUUACUCAAGGUGUUGGCUCCAGUAGUGCGACAGCUUCGUCAACCGCCCGACCUUCCUGAUGACUACAAACGCGAGUACGGCUACCUCGGUCCGAGUCUACAGCAAGCUGUGAGUAAGCUGCGGUCGUCUCCGACAGGCGGCGGCGGAGGCGGCGCGGUGGCCGUGUUGCCGUGUACCCCGCCUCUGCUACCUCACCCGCCAUCACCCGCACCACACGCCAAGUCCAUCGAGUCAAUAUCGACCCGUAACGUUGUGAUUACAUCAGGCGCCCCCUCCCCCGCGCCCUCAACACCUCCGCCGCAGAAAUUCGUCAUAGUAGCCUCGCAACAGAAGACGCAACAGAACCAACCAGCCAGUGGGUCCGGUCACAUAGUAGUUCAUAGCUCGCAGCCUACCAUCGUCCGCAGUCAAAAUUCGGUGGUGGUGACGAGCGGGCCGGCGGGAGCACAGCCGCCGCAGAAGCUGGUGGUGGUGGGGGUGAACCCCCUGCACACAGCACACUCGCAACACUCACCGCUGCAGGCCACCACCACGGUGUCGGGCGUCAGUCAGGCGCCCGUGUCAGUGGUCGCCAAGCCGGUGUUCGCUCGCGGCGGCUCGGCCCCGCAGCCUCCGCCGGAGCUGGACGACCUGUCGCACCUCGCUUGACGUCCGCGCACCGUUAGCUUCAUCAUAAAAGACGGCCGCAAGCUGACUUGACCCCGGCUUAUGCUGCUGUACCCCGCGGGGACCUCCCGUCCUCCGCUGGGCGUGCUGCGCUUCUCGGGCCCCCGGGCCCCCACACCCACAGCCUCCACGAGCAGGCCUGCGAGCAGUCCCCCGCGCUCGUCCGGUUCGGAUGAUGCUUCACAGUAAAGUGUCACGCCUCCCGUGCACCGUUUCAUUGACUUUGUAUUUCUGGACCGCAUUUGACGUUUAUAUUCGUUUUUGUCGUUUAGUGUAAAUAUGAAAUGUCGAAGUCUUUGUUGUAUUUUGUUAAAUGUGAAUCGCUCGCUGGUCUAUGACCAGUUGGGUUGUUUGUGUGACAUGGAUCGUUUGAUGGGAAUCGGUUGAGUAUAUUUUAUGUAGAUUAUCAUAGUUAUGUGUCUAAAUGUUGUAUUUAAUUAAGUUUUAUAUUGUAUUUUUUAAGAAUUUAGAUAAUUUUGUAUGAUUUAUAACGCCGCGCACGUGACUGGCUUUCCGAUUUGUCUAAGAUUGAAUAUAAUAUAUAAUAAAAGAGACAUAACGUAUUUCA